CCCCCCUUUUCUCUUUCGAUCUCGCGCUACACAAUCUUGGCUCCCUCUUCGAAAUUAUUCCACCAACGAACAGAAAAUUACCAAUCACGGACUCAACAAGCAAGCAAAGAAAAGCUUUACGAAGCCUUGUCUUGUCUUGUUUCUUGUUUUCCUUCUCUGGAUAACUCGUUCCCCCCUUAUUUCUUCAAAUUGCAUUGCUAUAAGGCAAUAUAUUCGUCUUUUUCCUCUUUUGCUUUGCUCUUCCAUACUCAUCGCAGCACUCGGGAACACCCUUGCUGGACAUCUUUCUCUUCUCACCUCAAAGGUGGGUGAUGUAAACACGGUUCUUACAGGAUAAGGAAUCAAAUCAUUCAAUGAAUGGAUCACCACAAUUAUUAUUGCAACACCAGUUGCUGCCAUUACUGGCCACACUUUCAUUUGAAGAACAUCAAAAGGUCCUCAUCGACCACAAAAUAAUAUCAAGGCAAUACCCAAGGAAAUUAGAUCAUCUUCUCAAACGCUUACAGAAAGGUGACGAUCAACUAUCAUCUACCAUAGAUGAGUUGGUUCAAGUAUGUGUUCAAAUUACGGAACAGCUUCGUGGUAAAGCUGACCAGCUCGGCGUGACUCAAUUGUCCGAGCAUCAACUCACAGAUUUAAGUGAUGAAUGGCAAACACUCGAGCAAGAUUUUGACACCAAAGCAGAGGAACAACAAGAAAGCGCGCAAAGUAUGCAUGAUGGACUGGCUGGCUUGGUACAGCAAUGGAAAGGACCCCAAAAUAUUGAAAACAUCGUCACGACUAUCAUCGCGGAUCAACCCAGCCCAAUGCGCUUGGUGAUGGUGGAUAAGAAAAAUUACGCAAAAUUAGGUCUACCGCCCCACAAACUAGGACAAAAGUAUCUAGUUUUUGACUCCUGCAAUCAAGAACAGAUUCGUCAACUGGUUGACCAAAUUGGGGGCGAUUUUUCCUCCAUCUUUGCCGAAAAUGCCAGAAACAACCUAGAACGAUUAGAUCAGAGUUAUCGGUACCAAGGAGACGUCAGUCUCAGGCUAAAGAUAAGAACGCUGGCUCAGAAAUUGUCACCACGUAAUCCUAUCAUCAACAACAAUUAUCGGACUGAAAUCAUUAGAUUUGCUACUCACAAUAUUCCCAACUUCACUCCCGCUGAAUGGCAAUGGCCUGAUCUUGUCAAAGUCCGACGUCCAUAUAAGCCAUUGCUUUUUGGUCUUUAUCGCACAAAACAACAAAAACAAUCUCAAAUAAUCACACUCUCCGUGCGUAAGCUCUGCGAGCAUUUCCGAAAAAUAGGUUGUGAAUUUUACUCAUCUAUUCUCGAAAGCGCUUCGCUUCUGUUCACAAGCGAUGCAAAGGUCAUGAGUCAAGAAGGAAAAGAGUUCGUCAACAUGUCGAUUGUCUUGCAGAUCGAGCAGAAUAGAGCCAUUUUGCGUAAUGCCUUAAUCUCACUUCACCAACUUCGACAAACGCUUGCGCUGGAACAACAAUCACCAGCGCCGCCAGUUUCAUAGUUCACAAAGAAGUUUAUACCAUAUAGAGAUCACGUGUUGAUGUUAUUUAUAUAAAAGAGAAAAAAUUUUAGCAAUUUUU